AUGGAUUACACACAUUUCUUCCUAGUAGCAACAACCACUUUAGGUCUCAUCUCCAUCUCCAAAUCCCUCUUCCAUUUCUUCCACUGGAUAUACGCCACUUUAAUCCGCCCAACAAAGAAUCUCAAACACUACGGCUCAUGGGCUAUCAUCACCGGCUCAACCGACGGAAUUGGCAAAUCCAUGGCUCUCGAGUUCGCAUCCAACGGACUCAACAUUCUCUUACUCGGCCGAAACCCUCUUAAACUCCAAGUAACAUCAAAAGACAUACUUGAUCAAUUCAAAGACGUCGAGGUAAAGUGCGUUGUUGUAGACCUACACAACAAUACCGGAGACGAAAUAAUGAAGAAAAUAGAACAAGCUAUUGAUGGUUUAGAUGUUGGAAUUCUAGUUAAUGCUGCUGGUGUAGCUUAUCCUUAUGCAAGAUAUUUUCAUGAGGUUGAUUUGGAUUUGAUGGAUUCUAUUAUUAAAGUCAAUGUAGAAGGAGCAACUUUGGUUACAAAAGCUGUGAUUCCUAGUAUGAUUAAGAAGAAAAAAGGAGCUAUUAUAAACAUUGGUUCUGGUUCCACUGUUGUUCUUCCUUCUUAUCCUCUUGUCACACUUUAUGCAGCUUCCAAAGCCUAUCUUGCCAUGUUCUCUGCAUGCACCAAUUUGGAAUACAAACAUCAAGGAAUUGACAUCCAGUGUCAAGUUCCAUUAUUUGUGUCGACGAAAAUGACCAGGAUGAAGGCGUCUCUGUUUGUUCCAACACCAGAUGUAUAUAGCAAAACAUUUAUUUUCUUUACUGGCGGAAAAGAGGACUUGCUAAGGACUCCCAAAUCAAAGCAGCGAGUAAUUCUGAAGCAAAUUAGCAUUGAUGAUGAUGCCAAAUUUGGUUUUCUGUUUCUGUUAAAUCAACAUCUCUGUGAAAGAUAA